AUGUCAGACUACAGCAAUACCCUUGUACCCAUUGUCCUCGACAACGGUUCCGGCGUGUGUAAAGCUGGUUUCGCAGGCAUUGAUGAGCCCAGCGUAGUCGUGCCCUCCAUCGUCGGACGUCCCCGCCAACAGGCCGUCCUAGUCGGUGUUAGAGACCAGCUCUUUGUCGGCAAAGAAGCCCUCUCCCGUCGCGGUAUCCUCUCCAUUCGGUAUCCCAUCGAGCACGGUGUGGUGAUCAAUUGGGAUGACAUGGAGCUCGUCUGGAGCCACGUCUUUUACGACGGCUUGCGGGCCCUGCCGGAAGAACAUCCAGUUCUGCUGACGGAACCACCACUCAACCCGAAGCGCAAUCGAGAAAUAAUGCUGGAGACGAUGUUGGAGAAGUUCCACUGCCCCUCCGCCUACGUCGCUAUGCAGGCCAUCCUGUCAGUAUACGCCUCUGGACGAACAAGUGGCAUGGUGCUGGACUGCGGCGACGGGGUGACUCACACCGUUCCCGUCUACGAGGGCUAUUGCGUACCCAGCGCCGUCCUCCGAAGCGACCUGGCGGGCCGUGACCUCACUGACUUCCUGGUCAAACUCCUCGCAGAACGUGGCCAUGCCUUCGUCAGUACAGCAGAGCAUGAAAACGUGCGGGAGAUCAAGGAGAAGCUCUGCUACGUGGCAGUGGACUACGAAGCGGAGAUGAAGGCCGCAGAGAGGGGUGCCGCCACGGAGAAGAACUUCGUCUUGCCAGACGGUCAGGUCAUUACCGUGGGCAAGGAACGGUUUCUCUGCCCUGAGGCCCUUCUGAAGCCGUCCCUGUUGGGCAUCGAGGGUCGGGGCUUGCAUCAGACCAUUCUGCAGUCCGUGAAGAAGUGUGAUAUUGACAUUCGACGUGACCUUAUGGGGAACAUUCUGCUUUCAGGAGGCUCAACUCUCUUUCCCGGUUUAGUGGAUAGACUGCAGAAUGAGGUCAAUCACCUUUUCGGGUCGAAAGUGCCAGCCAAAGUAGUAGCACCGCCGGAGAGGAAGUACUCUGUGUGGAUAGGUGGGUCCAUUCUUACCUCGCUUUCAAGCUUCAACCGCAUGUGGAUAACGCAAAAAGAGUAUAUGGAAUACGGAUCCUCUAUUGUCCACCGUAAAUGUCUGUAA